CCCUCACAUUGUUGCAGCCUCCAUAAUCUCAGAAGCACAGAAAACUGAGAGAGAGAGAGAGUAGGGUGAGGGGUGAGGGUAGGCCGUAGGAUUAAGACACUAAUAUGGGUGGUUGGGCUAUUGCUGUGCAUGGCGGAGCUGGUGUUGACCCUAAUCUCCCCCUCCAUCGUCAAGAAGAAGCCAAACAACUCCUCACUCGCUGUCUCAAUCUCGGCAUCUCUGCCCUCAAUUCUAAUCUUCCUGCCAUCGACGUCGUCGAACUCAUCGUGAGGGAAUUGGAAACAGAUCCAUUGUUCAAUUCAGGGCGUGGAUCUGCCCUAACGGAAAAAGGAACUGUGGAAAUGGAGGCUAGCAUAAUGGAUGGCCCAAAGAGACGAUGCGGCGCCGUUUCGGGUCUCACCACCGUUAAGAACCCGAUCUCUCUGGCCCGUUUGGUUAUGGAAAAAUCCCCACAUUCCUACCUCGCUUUCUCUGGCGCCGAAGACUUCGCUAGGCAACAGGGAGUGGAGGUUGUGGACAAUGAAUACUUCAUAACCCCAGAAAACGUUGGCAUGCUCAAAUUAGCAAAGGAAGCAAAUGCAAUCCUGUUUGAUUACCGAAUUCCCAAUGGGUGUGAGACAACAUGCGGUGCAAAUGUGGAGUCCCCACUCCACAUGAACGGUCUUCCCAUCAGCGUAUACGCACCGGAGACGGUGGGUUGCGUGGUGGUGGACCGGGAGGGACGUUGCGCGGCCGCCACAUCAACCGGCGGCCUCAUGAACAAGAUGGCAGGUCGCAUCGGCGACUCGCCCUUGAUAGGCUCUGGGACCUAUGCAUGCGACCUAUGCGGGGUCUCGUGCACCGGCGAGGGCGAGGCUAUCAUUCGCGCCACGCUGGCGCGCGAGGUCGCCGCCGUGAUGGAGUACAAGGGACUUGGGCUCCAAGAGGCAGUGGAUUUUUGCAUCAAAACUAGGCUUGAUGAUGGGAAAGCUGGCCUAAUUGCUGUGUCUAAAAAUGGUGAAGUGGCUUAUGGGUUUAAUUGUAAUGGCAUGUUUAGGGGUUGUGCCACAGAGAAUGGGUUCAUGGAGGUUGGAAUUUGGGAAUGAAAUUACAAAUUAGGCUUAAUUUGUCCUUUUGCGUUUUGUGUUUGGGGAUUUGGCUUCUUAACUUUGAUUUCGUGAGGGUAAGGUGGUGAAAAAUGAAAAUAUUAUGUAGUGAUGUGAAAUUAUGUAUUAGUAGCUAGGUUUUUCUAUGUUUUCUGUUUGAAAGGAUAGAAAAUGUGAAUGAAAUAAUCAUUAUGUUA